AGCCGUUGCGUCUCAAAAGUGUUCGGGCUCACCCUCUGCCGGCUGUUUGCGGCGCUGGGGGAGCCACGCUCUGCGCACGGGCCUCGGCGGGGCGGCGGGCCUCCCCAAGCGCGCCCGGCAUGGCGGGCGAGGACGAGGCCGAGCUGCCCCCGCAGGCGCUGUCCGAGCCCCUGGUGGAGCUCUCCGGCCUGGGGCGGACGGUCGAUGGGACGGGCUACGUGUACCAGGAGGUCGCUUGCGUUGGCAAAAGGAUCAACCAAAUCAAGGCGAUCGAGGCUUAUGCGCACGUUCAGAAGCUGGACCUAUCGGCGAACUUGAUCAAGGACAUCGCUCCGCUGAGGGGGCUCCGGUACCUUGUCAAGCUGAACCUCUCCCAGAACGCCAUCGUCAGCCUCAAGGGCUUGGAGUCGGAGGCGGAGGAAGAGGAGGAGCCCCCGCUGCCGCACCUGCAGCACCUGGACCUGAGCGACAACGCCCUCACCGCGCUGGCCCCGCUGAAGCUGCAGGCGCUCCGGACGCUGAGCCUGGCCAGGAACCAGAUCGCCUCCUGCCAGGACUUCGCCGGGCACGAGAGGCUGGAGGCCCUUGACCUCAGCGGGAACCAGCUGCAGAGCCUGGCCGGAGUCGCGGGCAUGCCCGCGCUCGCGAAGCUCAGCGUCGCCGCGAACCAGCUCGGCUCCAUCGAGGGCCUCGCGGAGGUCCCUGCGCUGCGGGAGCUGGACCUGAGCGCCAACAGGCUGCAGGGCCUGGACGGGCCGUGGGCGGACUUCCCCGAGCUUGGCUCCCUGGACCUCUCGGCGAACGAGCUGCAGGCGAUCCGCUCCCUGGAGGUCCUGCGGCAGCUGCCCAAGCUGAGGAGUCUCGACGCGAGGGGGAACCCCUGCGUGCUGGAGGCGGAGUCGGUGGGCCCGCCCGUGAUGGCACAGUUGCUGGUGUGCCACUGGCGGCUCACGACCGUCAACGGCGCCGCCGUGGCGGACGGCGACCUCGAGGCGGCGCGCGAGCUGAACGUCGCGAGGAUGCUGGAGGACCGCGAGAGGCUCAAGGCGGAGCAAGACGCGGCCGCCGCGGCGGAGGGCGGCGAGGACUGAACUGGCCACCGGCGCGCGCUGGGUGAUACUCCUCUCGCGGGUGCUCCCUGCGCGGCCCCAUCCGAGGGGUGCGCGCAGUGGCGCCGCGGGCCCCGCCACUGCCACGGCCCGCGGCGAAAAUUCGGCGAGGGGUGAGCCCGGCCGCAGCACGGCGGGGGGGCAGCCCGAGACCUUGCGAGAGGCCGCCCGCAGUCCUUGGGCGUCUCCCCUCCUCCUCCUCCUCCUCCUCCUCCUCCUCCUCC